AACGGUGGGUAGAUGAGUGUGUGAGAGCAGGAAAAGGGGUGUAACCACUGCAGCACUUAUUUUAUUUCAAAACAAAAUAAGACUACCGGUAUUCAUAUAUUAUAUUUGUGAAGGAUAGAAGGGGAGCCAUGGCGAAGCGGCAGGACACAAAUAAAUUAUUUGAGAAUCUCUCUGGCGCCGGGAAAUCCAUCGGCGUUCUGACAAGCGGAGGAGAUGCCCAAGGUAUGAAUGCUGCUGUCCGGGCUGUGGUCCGCAUGGGUAUUUAUGUGGGAGCUAAAGUCUAUUUCAUACAUGAGGGUUACCAGGGUAUGGUAGACGGUGGAGAUAACAUUGAAGAGGCAUCAUGGGAAAGUGUCUCCAGCAUGUUACAAGUGGGUGGCACAGUCAUUGGCAGUGCCCGCUGCAAGGAGUUCCGCAGCCAUGAGGGGCGUCUAAAGGCUGCCCACCACCUGGUUCAGCGUGGCAUCACUAACCUGUGUGUGAUCGGAGGGGACGGUAGCCUCACGGGGGCCAACCUCUUCAGAGAGGAGUGGACCGGACUACUGGAGGAACUGGUCCAACAGAGUCUGAUUGAGGAGGAGGCUGCCCAGAACAACUCAGAGCUGCACAUCGUGGGAAUGGUGGGCUCCAUCGACAACGACUUCUGUGGCACUGACAUGACCAUCGGGACAGACUCUGCCCUGCACAGAAUCAUAGAGGUGGUGGACGCCAUCAUGACUACUGCACAGAGCCACCAGAGGACGUUUGUGCUGGAGGUCAUGGGAAGGCAUUGUGGGUACCUGGCUCUAGUCAGUGCUCUGGCCUGUGGGGCAGACUGGGUCCUGAUCCCUGAGAUGCCCCCUGAGGACGGGUGGGAGGAACGGAUGUGUCAGAAACUGUCUGAGAACCGAUCCAGGGGUUCAAGGCUGAAUAUAAUCAUAGUUGCUGAAGGAGCCAUUGACAGACAAGGAAAGGCUAUUACUGUUGAUAAUGUCAAGGAUCUGGUUGUUAGCAGUCUGGGCUUUGACACCCGAGUCACCAUCCUGGGUCACGUCCAGAGAGGAGGAACCCCCUCUGCCUUCGACAGGAUCCUAGCCAGUCGUAUGGGAGUGGAGGCCGUCCUGGCCCUGCUGGAGGCGUCAGACAGUACCCCGGCCUGUGUGGUGUCUCUGUGUGGGAACCAGGCUGUCCGUCUGCCCCUCAUGGAGUGUGUUCAGAUGACACAAGACGUCCAGAAAGCCAUGGACGAGAAGAAUUUUGAGGAAGCCGUGAGACUGCGUGGCAGGAGUUUCGAAAACAACCUGAACACCUACAAACUCCUCUCUUACCACAAAGCAGACUCUGAACUUCGAAAUAGCUCCUUCAACGUGGCUGUGUUGAACGUGGGCGCCCCCGCCGCGGGCAUGAACGCAGCUGUCCGCUCGGCGGUCAGGGUGGGCAUCACCGAGGGGCACAAGAUGUUUGCCGUUAAUGACGGCUUCGAGGGAUUCUACAAGGGACAGAUAAAGGAGAUUAAAUGGGGAGAUGUAGCAGGUUGGACCGGCCAAGGGGGGUCCAUACUGGGAACAAAGAGAACCCUUCCAGCGAAGCAUUUUGAUAAGAUUGCUGAACAAAUCAGGAUACAUAACAUCAAUGCUUUGCUUGUUAUCGGUGGAUUUGAGGCGUUUGAGUGUCUGCUGCAGCUCUAUGAGGCCCGGACCAGCCAUGAGGACUUUUGCAUCCCGAUGUGUAUGCUGCCUGCCACCAUUAGUAACAAUGUGCCCGGUACUGAUCUGAGUAUUGGGGCAGACACUUCCCUCAAUGCCAUUGUGGAGACAUGUGACCGCAUCAAGCAGUCUGCCAGUGGGACUAAGCGGCGUGUGUUCAUCAUUGAGACCAUGGGGGGGUACUGUGGGUACCUGGCCAGUGUCGGGGGGCUGGCUGCGGGGGCUGACACUGUCUACAUCUAUGAGGAACCCUUCGACAUCAGAGACCUCCAGUCCAACGUCGAGCACUUGACAGAGAAGAUGAAGACGGGGAUCCAGAGAGGCUUGGUGCUGAGGAAUGAGAACUCCAACGAGAACUUCACCACAGAUUUCAUCAACCAACUGUACUCUGAGGAGGGGAAAGGAGUGUUUGACUGCAGGAAGAACGUGCUUGGACAUAUGCAGCAGGGAGGCGCUCCUUCUCCAUUUGACAGGAACUUUGGAACGAAGAUUGCAGCAAAAGCAAUUCAGUGGAUUUCAAGAAAGCUAAAGGAGUCCUAUAAAGACGGGAAAGUGUUUGCUAACACAGAGGACACGGCCUGUUUGCUGGGGAUGCGUCGCAGAACCAUGGCCUUCCAACCAGUGGUGCAUCUGAAAGAUGAGACAGACUUUGCCCACAGGAUCCCUAAGGAACAGUGGUGGUUGAAGCUUCAUCCCCUGAUGAAGAUCCUGGCUAAGUACAAGACCAGCUACGAUGUGUCUGACUCUGGCCAGAUGGAGCCAGUGACCCGGGUCAGGCCCAAGAAGGCGGACUAGAUAGGCUAGUCUGUAGAGAGGGCUGGGCUGCUCUGAGCUGAUCCAUUCAGUGUAACUUAGCCUUUAUCAUGGUAACUCUUACCAGCACUUUUCACUCCGUCCCAUACACAUGUCCCCUCAGAAACUCCACCCAUCUACCGAAGUAUGCACUUGCGCACUUUUUCUAUGGAUUUUACAAUGGUGGAAACUGCUUCCAGCCAACACUUAUGCUUUUAAAUUCAUGACGGGGAGUGUGCAAGUGCACACUUCUGGAAAAGGGUGGAGAAUCAGGAUGUAGCUUGAUUCUACUCCCAUAGGUUCUUCUUCCCUCUCCGUCUUCUUCUAAAGGGAGAGCUGACUGUAUCUCCUUUCACCUACUGUAGGUCUAUUCCAGUGUGUAUUAUGUUGUGUUGUUACGCUAUACUUGCACUUUGUAUCAAACCUGGGCUAUGUGUGGCACUUAAAGGGAUAGUUCACCCAAAUAAAAAUAUAUCACAUAGGUUUCCUUACCCUGUAAGCAGUUUGUGGCACUUAAGAGUAGGGGCUGUAUUCAAUCCGUGUCGCAGAAAUUCAGCGUUACAGCGUGAUUGAAAUGCAAUGUUCCCGCGUUAGCUGCAGAUGACUGCUCAAUAGGAAAUUACCUUUACAUUUCUAGCGUGCUAUCUGUAACGCUUCAGCGAUACAGAUUGAAUAGAGCCCUAGGUCAUGUUUGUUCUGCUGCUGUAUUCUGUUGCUUUGUUGAGGAUGAUGCGUUUGUGAAACCCAUUAUUAUGAGUCCCCUGUAGCUCAGUUGGUAGAGCAUGGCGGUUGCAACGCCAGGGUUGUGGGUUUCCCACGGGGGGCCAGUAUGAAAAUCUAUGCACUAACUGUAAGUCGCUCUGGAUAAGAGCGUCUGCUAAAUGACUAAAAUGUAAUGUCAAAUGUAAUUAUGCAAUAUAACCUUGUUUUAAUGUGUUGACACUCA